GUCUCUCAGGAAGUGGGGGCUGUCUAACCCUGCUCGCCGGAAAUGCUCUUUCACGAGCGGGAGACUGUUGUCGCGCUCUGGUUUUCCGUCUCCUGGCAACAAAAUGCUUCUAAUUCAGCCCUUCCACUUAACCAUAAGAACAUGUUGAUCAGAACUGCCUUGCAUCUUCCUGAACAAGACUUUCAAUAGAGCCCAGUAUGCUUCACUUCAUCCAGAAAUUUUCUCGAGCAUCUUCAAAGAUGCUGAGGUACCCUUUCACAGUGAGAGUAACAGCCAGCAAGAGAAUAGAUAAACUUUUAAUCAAGACAUCAUUCCUUUUGUUUGCAAGGCCUUGGCACUUGUCAUCAUUUCCAGAGUGUAUGAGCAAAAUACAAUGUUUCCAUACUUCCCCAUGCUGUUUUAAGAAAAAGCGGAAGCAAGCAGAACUUUCAGCAAGGUCACCAAGUACCAUCACUUACCUGUCAGAUAGUCCAAAGUCAGCUGUGUACAUAACUCUGGCAGGACUGGUCCCCUUUGUUGCUCCACCACUGGUUAUGGUGAUGACAAAGACUUACAUCCCCCUAUUAGCUUUUACUCAGAUGGCUUAUGGAGCCAGUUUCCUAUCUUUCUUGGGAGGGGUCAGAUGGGGUUUUGCUCUGCUAGAAAGUAGGCCAGCACAACCAGACUUCCUUAAUUUAGCUAAUAGUAUAGUUCCUGUUGUGUUUUCAUGGUUUGCUGUCCUUAUUUCUGAAACACUCGGUGAAGCUAUAGUCACAAUAAUAAUAGGUUUAGGGAUAGCAUUACACAUUGAACUUUUUCUCUUGCCACAUUAUCCCAAUUGGUUCAAAGCCCUGAGGAGAGUAGUCACUUUAGUGGCCUUUUUUUCAUUUGUAAUCACUUUGUUACUUAAAGAUAUUUAUCCAGAGAAAGGACCCAAGAAACCUGGUCAAGUAGUGUAAAUAUAAAACCACUCUGUAGAUGUCAUUAGUGUGUUGGCUAUGAACUUUUAAGGUUGCAUUUUGACAUUACCAUUUUCUACUUCUCUUUUCUUCCACCAAUGGUAAUUUAUUCUUCACAGAUUGUUUUUCAUUUCUGGAAAUAAUUAUAGUAACUUGAACAAGAGCUUAAUCCCUCACAUCUCCUAUUCAUGUCACAUUAGGUUAUGGUCACUGUCGUGAAUUGUGUCCCCCAAAAAUAUGUGUCAACUUGGUUACACCAUGAUUCCCAGUAUUGUGUGGCUGUCCUCCAUUUUGGAUUGAUGUAAUUUUCCUAUGUGUUAUAAAUCCUGAUCUUU